GCGCAAUAUUUAGCACAAACUUCAAUAUCAUCUCCAAACGAUUCAAUUCCAUUGCACAAAUAUGACAUAAUAUUAUACGUCUGUGGACAACCUUCAAUAGUAGUGUCAAUAAAUUGAGUCAGUGCGGCACUAACUCAGUUUUAAAAACGAAUUCGCUAUAAAUAACAACACAAUCGGUGUCUGUAGAAAAUGCCCCAAGAAUUACAAGUUGUUCGCUGUUAUACGUGUAGAACAUUUCAGUCCGAUAUAGUGAAGAAAGUCAAGAAGUGGACUUGUAAAAUAUGCGGCUCGAAGCAGUCCCUUGUGAAAGAAUAUGCGCGUGGUUCCGGCAAAGAAUGUCGACUACUGGUACAACAGCUCAGCGAACGAGCCAUCAGGGAAGAAAGGUUGGAACACUCCGUAGCACAACAAAUACUGGCAGGGCUGAUUGAACUACCGGAGGCUCAUGAUCCGAUUCAGGAGGAAUCCGAGAGGCUGUUGAGCCAUGAGAACGCCAGACAAGUCGAUGCAGGCGGGACUAGCAAAUGGGAGCGUUUCCACGUAAAAGCAGAAAAAGAAGAAGAAAUAGAGGAAAAACUAAAUUUCUUUGAAGGCAACUGCAAUGCCAGGAAAAACUCGUUUGUUUGGAACAAAGAACCACGGUCGAAGCAAAAGUCCGAUGCAUUUCAAGCAGCGAAAACAGUCCAAUUUCGAGCAUCUGCAAGUCUAGCUCCUCUGGUUGAUUUUCAUCAGAUGAAUAAAACUGAGAAAAGGAAAUUCAAAUGGGAAUCAAAAAAUUUCGACGGUCACCGUCUAGAUUCUCAGAUGAGAUUGUAUCCGUCAAAAACUUCAGAGAAUUUGGAAUCAAGAGAACAUGAUACAAUAGCAGAAGUCAAUGAAUUGCCAACCCAAUCGCAGCUGAUGAACUUUGGAAAAAGAUCAAAAUUGGAAUGUCCCAAUCGUUCAAAGGAAGAGAAGGUAUGUGACCUGAACAAUUCAACGCAAAACAUACUCUCGAACUGUAAAUCGAAUCACAUAAGCAAUUUACUAGAUAAAACCGAAGCCGUUGCUUCAAAGUGGAGCAAAUUCAUUACAAAAGAUGAAGAGGAUGAUACUUAUUCAUAGCAUAGUUUUUCUAAUUUUAUUCUCAAAUAACAGAAUGUCUCGAAGCAUUCAAGCAACGUUCAGAGUUAUAUUCAUCGGUUUGGUUACAUAGCAUCUAGCGUUAAAACAGGAAAUAAUAAAUAACUAGUACAAUUA